GAGUCGCUCAUGUCUUGACUCUUAUUAAUAAGUGACUCUAGAAACACUCAGUCUAUUCAAAUCUAUUCUUACUAUGCCUACGGGUUUGCGGUGAAAGAGUGCCGGGGAAAAGAAGAGCAAAAUACACAGACCGAAUUUACUACGAUAGUAAUGGCGGACGAGGAGUUACCAGCGGGAUGGGAAAAACGCCUCAGCAGAUCGACCGGUCAACAUUAUUAUUUAAAUAUUUAUACCAAGGAAAGUCAAUGGGAUAGGCCAGAUAAGCCUGCAGAUCCAUCUGGCAAUGGCAAGGCAGAUGGACCUGAAGAAGUACAAUGCUCUCAUCUACUUGUGAAACAUUCAAGCUCUCGACGACCUUCUUCUUGGCGAGAGGAGAGUAUUACUAGAUCAAAAGAAGAAGCUCUUGAGUUGGUCAAAUCUUAUAGAGAACAAAUCACAUCUGGUAAAGCGACGUUCGCUGAACUCGCUUCCAAAUACAGUGAUUGCAGUUCGGCAAAACGCGGCGGUGAUCUCGGACCUUUCAGCCGGGGUGCAAUGCAGAAACCGUUUGAACAGGCAGCAUUCGCGCUAAAAGUUGGCGAGCUAUCGUCACCUGUGCAUACAGAUAGCGGAAUUCACAUCAUUCAACGAAUUGCAUAAGCCAAUUCAACUUGAAACAGAUUGGCAAUAUUUUAAAAGCA